AUGGAAACAGACUCUGACUCGAUCUUUAAGAGAAUUAAGACGGUUUACCAGGCAACUGACUUAGUAGAAGAGAAUCACACACUUUGGGUAUUUAAAAAUGUUCAAAAAGUCCAAGGUCUGGAAGAAAUCGGCAGAGAAGAACUAUUCCGCCAUCAAAUCAAAAGCUCAUGUCAAAAAAUGUCUCAUAACGGGAUAAUUGUGCGGCCAAACAAAAAUGCUACAGUGAUGAUUAUAGGCAAUCAUUCAGCUGGCAAGAGUUCAUUUAUAAAUUGGUACGUAGGUGAAAAUCUACAAAGCACAGGGAUCGCUCUUGAGACAUCUCAUUUUACUAUGGUCACUCAUGGAGCAAAGUCUCAGGAAAUAAAAAGUGAAGGAACUUUACGCUUGUACCCCUUCUUGCACGAACUUUUGCAGCACGGCGAUAAAAAGAUCUAUGGUACCUUUUUUGCUAAUUUGAACACAAAGGUUUGCAACAGCACUGAAAGAUCCUUUGAAUGUGUUGAUUUUAUUGAUACCCCUGGACUAACUGAUGGGAAUGUGAAAUACCACUGUGACAUAUUAGAAGUAAUGAAAUGACUUUCAAAAUACGUUGAUUUAGUUCUCGUAUUCAUGGAUCCUGUUGGGCAAGGACUUUGCAACAAAACAAUUGACAUGGUCGAAUUUCUCUGUAAAAAUUACCCAGAAAAGCUAAAAAUUUAUCUAUCAAAAGCUGAUCAAAUAGAAAAUGAAGAAGACCUUAAUAAGCUCUAUUUUCAAAUUUCAGCUUCAUUAACAGAUAGACUUAAUUUUCAGCACGGGCUGCAUAUAUACCCAUUCAGUAUCUUAAAAAAUGAAUUGCCGUUUCCUAAUCGACGAGAUAUCAUAUGUAAAGACAUAGACUCCUGCAUAAGCUUCAAAACAGAGAGAAAUAUAAGCAGUUUAUCAACAGACUGCAUAUUUGUCAAAGAGCAUUGCAGGUUUUUAUUAGAGGGAGAUGAUUAUCUCAGGAACCAAAAAAACCGAGUCUAUAUGCUACGAAUCCUAGCUUUAACUAUAUUUGUCUUGAUUAUUUUAAAUUGUUUGAAGCUUAUUCCUUUGCCUAUAAAUGAUUUAUUGCUUGCUGGAGUCGGAAUUUUAUCUACUGUUUUAAUUGCGGUCUCAUUUAUGAUAGACAAAAAGCCAUUCAAUUCGCAACAAAGAGCAAGGCUGAUUAAGUGGCAAAAAUACUCAGAGGAAUCAUUGGCAGAAUUAGAAAGAAUUAAAGAACAAUAUUAUGAUAAUAUCUAA